CAGUAACAGCCAGCGUUCGAGUUGUCCCAGAAGCAACAAAAUGGGGGCACCCUUUGAUCUGUCCAAGCCCAACCGCACCAUCCACGCCGGGGUGCUUCUCAUGAACUCAGAGACGGAGCUUCUCGAUGUAGCUCCCAUUGACCUGUUGUAUUCAGUAUCCAAGAACUAUGUUCAAACUCUGGAGGAGUUUGCACCAGAGGGCAUGGCAGCCCAAGCCCUCGAUAUUGAAUUUCAUUGGGUCAAUCAGACAGGCAAGACUGCCAGAUUGACAGGCGGUGUCUCGAUCCAGCCCACGGACGACUUCUCGACGUGUCCACCCCUUGACAUUGUCGUUAUGGGGGCCCACCUAAACGGCUAUAUUCCCAAUGAGACGGAGCUCGAAUUCGUGCGCAAGAGUUACGAGGCCUGCUCGGCGUUCAUCACCAUCUGUGCAGGACUACAAACGGCGUUCCUGGCCGGACUGUUCAAAGGCAAGACUGUGACCGCACCUCGUUUCCUGUUGCAACAGCUUCGCGCGACAACGACUGAGACGAAUUGGGUCGAAAAGCGGUGGCACAGAGACGGCAAGUUAUGGACGAGCGGCGCUUUGCUCAAUGGACUGGAACUCAUGGGCGCGUUUUGCACCGAGUAUUGGGGCGGCGAGGGCACGUUGGUGCAGUUUGCUCUCGAUAGUGGACAUUGGCCACAGAGAGACGUCCGAUAUGGAGAUGCUACAUCGCAGCUUUGAGAGUGGGAGGCCCGUGCCUUUGGGUAGUGAGAAUGGUCAGGCGAGGAGGUGAGAAGGAGAUGUGCCCGGUAGACAGCCACGCAGCUUGUAGCUUCAGGGGUUUGGGUCCCAAUGAUCCUCCGUAGCCUCUGGUACGGCGGAUCUCUAGGUCAUAAACUGCAAGUGGAUGUGCAACGAAGAACUCCGUCUC